UAAAAGCAGGUUUUAAAAGAGCUGACUGAGCAGAGGGAGGUUUCUUCAAGAUGCAUUGCCACCAGGUGCUGACUGGGGCAUGUAAUAUUGGUGACAGGACUUUUGCAGUUGGGCGAGUGGAAGGAGUACCUUUUACAGCAUACGCUGCUGGAUGCAAUGUGGUCAUUCUUGCUUCUAAUUUUGAGCGAGUUCAAGUCAUCCCAGGUCUUUGCCACAACAAUAUCCAGAUAUCAUGCAUUGACUGCUCCACUGACACAGGAAAAAUUGCUGCUGCAUAUGGCAAGAGCGUCUGCAUAUUUGAACCAUCCCCCAUUGCUCCAUGUAACUCAAGACAUCACUUGGACUACGCGUGGGUUCAGACGGGUGUUGUGGAGGCCGAAAGCAGCAUCAACAAUGUCUCAUGGAACCUGGAGGGCACUCGUCUCCUCUCAGCUGGUGACAGCUUACAAAUGUGGAGCCCUAGGGGAGCUCGGCAGCACCCUGAUGAAACUGCCAUGCCCGUGAUGUUUGAUCUUGGCGGCGAGCAAAGUGAUCUAGAUGAGAGUGGAGAUGACAGCAACAUCGGCUGCUGGGAUUGCAUCUGGAAAAUAACAACAUCACAACCUACUCAGCUUAUGUCUUUUUCUCCGGACGGUUGUCUGUUCGCUACCUGCGGUUCCAACGACCGCCUUAUCAAGCUCUGGUAUGACGACUCACACAUACUUGGCCAGUCUCGGUCAUCUCACGACGGGAGCCCUGAUACCGCGAUCAGCUAUAGCUACGUGUACUUGCCUCAUCCAGCAGCGGUGACUGGGUUCACGUGGCGUACCACCAGCAAGUACAUGCCCAAGGGUAGUGUGAGCAACAUGGUUGUUUCUUCGUGCAAGGACAACAUCUGUCGUGUGUGGGUUGAGACAGUCUUGCCAGAUGACGGGCUGAUACCCAUGCACCAGCUAGACCCAGUGGCUGCCCAGAAUCCACGUUUCCGCACUCAUCGCCACAAGCACAAGUUUGUUUCCCGCCUUAAGCACAUCAAGGCUUGUUUUGGGUUGCGGCGCCAAACCAGGUUUCCUAUAGGCAUCAGUGCUUCUGGUUUCAAUAGCUCAAAACUCACUUCUGGGCAGUCAAUGAGCCCAACUAAAACUGGAUGUGACCCAAUAGUACCCACUAUGCCAUCGACUUAUUCUGUCCACGACUUCCCAUCUUAUGGCUACCAUGCCAUGGGGGUGACUCCAGGUUUUCAUUUCCAUCUCGCGGCAUCCAUCAACGCCGCUACGGAUAUCCCGCUAGUGCCCAGCCUGUCCUCAUCUCAGCCUGGUGGAGGAACCGAUGACUCUGAGCAUAACUUCGUGCUUCACUGGCUCAACAACAAGGAGAUGCACUUCACUCAGGAGGCUGAAAAUCUUCUACUUGAAGUUAGCAAGAAGGCUCUUGAAAAAGACAUUCCCAUUCAUGCUAUGGAUGCCGACCGUCACUCAGACACGAAGGACGGUGAAACAACGUCGUCCACUAAGAGCAAUCAUCGCCCCUCCAAUACCGGUGUCCGCGGUCGGAGUGUCGAGGAAGACGAGACAGCGCGCCCUCCCGCCACCAACCACAACCUUAUGAGCGCUGCCACCUCGAGCACGAGCAUCGCCACUGACGUCACCGCUUCUAACUCCGCUCUUGGUGAUGCCCUGGAUCGGCGCAUAGAAGCGCUGUUGCGCAAUUGGCUACAGAGCUCCGACAUGCUCUUCUCCGUUCAUCCCGUGGAUGGCUCACUACUGCUCUGGAUUUUGGAUUUCCUCGACGAUUACCACGGGUCUUUCCGCCAGACUCAGGUGUCCUUCUGCGCUCGCAUCCCGAAUGCUCUGCCUCUGGGUGAUGCUAUGACCAUGUCGCCUCAUCUGGCGCUCUACUCGACGCCUUCCGUGUCGUUCGUUCAACAGCUCAUUAAGCUUGAAGCUGCCCACGAGCUUGAGUGCCGUAAUUACAAAGCUGGUAUUAAAUAUAGCGGCUCAAGACACGCUACCAACUCUUUGCUCUCCGCUACAAAAGAUGAUGCUGAGUCACAGUUGCCCGUUGUUAGCAUGACCACAAAACAUGCCAACGGCUCAUUGAAUCUCUGGCAUCUCACGGUUGAGGGGGGUAGCAAGUUCACUCACGUGCUCAAUAUUCUGCAUCAGAGACGUGUGUGUGGCCACAGGUUCCAGCUGAAUGCCGUCAAGUGCCAUCCUGAACUGCCACUGCUGCUUACCACUUCUCAUCACAAUGUGCAAAAGAAGCAAACUGAUCCGCACGCCGCUCCUACGAUUUGUGUGCAAGACAGCAACACGGGUCCGUGGUGCAGCGAGUUGCUCGUGUGGCGCGUAGACGGCGUAGGGCCGUUAUGUCGCAGCGGCGGCCUCUCUGAACUGGCUCGUCUCAACUCCCCUCACCCAACGGCGUUCUCCACUGCCGCUUGGAUUCCUGCACUCAUGCCUAGCUCGAGCCUGGGCAACCUCUGCAACUCCCCCUCAGCCUGCUUCGUGGCGAGCGAUGGGCAGAGGCUGCGUGUGUACCAGACAGUGCUUGAUGGCCGGGCGCUGCUCGCUGAGAUGUGUGUUGCUGAACGCAGGAACCGUCGCGGGAUGGAGGACAGCUUGCUCAGCAUCAGCACUGAUGACAGCUCACUCAGGGAGCAUCCAGGUCAUACGAACUUGGGCGAGGUGUUCACGAUCGUGUCUGAGCAGUCGUCCGCUCGGCCCGGCUGCGUGCUGCAGCUAUCUUCUCUGGAUGAAUCCGAGCCUGCAGAUCCUGCAGGAAACACGACUCUUCUUCUGCACGUGUACCACCAAGGACUGGUUCUGGGACAACAAGCUGCUUCUUUGAGCAAAGACAAGAGCAGCAGCAGAGCCUCCAUGGCCGAAGAACCAUUCUACGUGACGCAGGUGCUAGAGACGUCGCGUGGAACAGAGGUGCAGAUGUGGCGCUUGGUGUUGGUGACGCAACAGCCUGUGCACGACUUAACGUCUUCGCCUGAUGGUACUGAUGAAAACGACGAUGUCUUCUCUCAGUCCAGGCAGGCUGAAGAACCCAAGUCGGAGGAGUUACCUUCUUCUCAUCCUCAUCUAACUGACGCUUCACCUGUCAUCAGCAAAACCAGCAAAGUGUGCUGCCAAAUUUUGCCGCUGCCCGCUGGUGUAACAGUGGUGCAUGCAGCUCCUUCUGCUGGUCAUCUGAGUUCUGCUUGCAUUUAUCCAGCCUGCCAGGCUCCGUUUUUGCUUGCAACAGCUUGUUCUGACAAUAAACUCAGAUUCUGGUGUUGCAACGUCACAGGCAGCGGGGAGGCAGGCACAGUCGAGUGGGUGGAGUGGACAAUGAUGAGCCGGUCUGGGGAGAGCGCCAUUGAUCUGCCUGGAGUGCCUCUGCAUGUGAGCUGCGCGUACAGCGGCCGUGUAGCUGUAGCGUUCUUGCCUUUCGAUCGCGACUCUGUUGUUACAUCUGUUCCUUUCAACAAUGCCAAUGCUUCGAAAUUCUCAUGCAAAAUUGCAGUGUAUGAGUGUGAAAGCAACGGAGGUUCUGAGUGGGUCAUGUGCGAGCCUGUCACUGUGGAGGACGUCGUGGCCAUGGAUGCGUGGCAGCUGGAGGAACAGCUUCUAGACCAAGCACAUGUAACCAAGAUAGCGCACUGCCGAAACACAACAACUAAUCUUGUCUCUGCUCUGUCUUCUGACAACAUUCAAUCUGUAGGUCCGUUUAAAGGUUCACCAACCUCGCCCAAAGCUUUAGCCACCUCUAUGCACAUGCCAGUGGGUCCGACAACGUCCUUAGGUCCUCUGGAUGGGGCCUCUACUGACGCCUUGCGGUUGGUAUCGAACAUGCUUCACGUGCCGUCCAUGAGCACACUGCACUCCCUUCGCUCGCAGAAAUACAGCAAACGCGGCGUAGAGGUGAAGCAGAGGGAGCCAGUGCAGGUGGACUGGGUGUCCAAGGAAGACGGUUCCUUCCUUCUCACUGUGGUCAUCGGUAGUAAAAUAAUCGUACUGACAGACGUGAACGAGGAAAUGGCCGCCGCCACGAUGAAAACUGACACGAUAACGGGCGUGGGUUGUACUGCUUCGCCCCGAGCUCCUGUGCUGAAGAAGUCUCUGUCUGUUCACCAGAUAACUCUGCCCACUAAGCAGAAAUAUAUGGAGCUCACGCGCGCGCAUCUGCAAACUGCAGAUAAUCUUGCUCCUUUACCUAUGAGCGUUGGGUGGACACGAGAAGGCUUACUGGUCGUGGGUAUGGACAAUGAGAUGCACUGCUACACUCAGUGGACCAAUCCCAGUAGCAAUGGUAACAGUUUGUUGACUUCUCUUCAACCUAAAGCUGCUCUGCCAGCCCACUUGCAGCCUGCCUGUUCUCUUCUUUUCGACGAGAAAAAACGCGCAGGAGACGUACAAUUCAUCAGUCCUGAGCCAUACACUGUUGGUAUCAUGGAGGCCAGUCAAUUGAUGUUCAAUGUCCUGCCACUCUACCAUCCUCGUCAAUUACACGAACUUCUCAACAGCGGCAAGAUCCGCCGAGUUAAAGCUAUAUUGGCUCACUUGCUUCGCUACCUUACGCAACUUAACGAUGAUCUCGGCGCCUUAGGUGGCUCCUGCUCUGUGGUUCCUAGUGAUGCCAAGGCUUCGUGGUCUCGUUCGCGCACGCUGUCUGUGAACGCCCCGCACAGCAGCGGCAGCAGAGAGGGUCGUAGUUCAAUUAGCCUGCGACCUGAAGAUAUCAACAACCUCAAGGAAGUGAAGACCGUUCCUCCAAUGCCAUUGUGGCAAUUGCUAGAGGCAGACAAGGAAAGCACUGCUGUUGCUCUGCAGGAGAAUCAGGAAGAGGCCUACGCCGAGCUAUUCGGUGGGGCUCUUCCCACUGUCGAUGACGAUGAUCUCAAGCUAGAUGACGACGAAACCGACCGAGGUCUUCGCCGUACUUCUGUCUCCCAUGAAAACCGUGGUCUCACGUAUUUCGGUCCUCGGCAGACUCAAUAUUUGGCAGCGAUGCUCACUCACACUCAGCUUCCUGGUCUUUCCUCGCUCGACCAAAUGCACUUGCUAGCGCUAUCUGACACCGUGGCUUCAUGCAACGUUGACUUCGCCGACAAAUUCGACAUAAGUAAAGCCAAGGAAGCCAUGGCCAAGGAAACAUACUCUCGCGCAACCACUGAUGAGCCCUCAAUGGAGUCUCUUGAUGAUUGUGGGUUACGUUUUCUCUUGGCCUUACGUCACCACACUUACCUCUUACGUUGCCUCCCUGGCCAGCGAUCUGCUCUACAGCGUUCCGGAAUUGCUUGCCAUAACAUCGUCUGGGCGUUUCACUCAGAAAGUCAAGAGGAACUUCUGCAGUUUUUGCCUUCAUGUCGUCAAAACAAUCCAAAAUGGAGUGAACUACGAGAGCUUGGAGUAGGCUGGUGGGUGCGCAACAACACGGUUCUACAGAAACUAAUUUUGAUGGUUGCAAAAAGUGCUUUCCAGCAACGCAAGGAUCCUCUCGACGCUGCCAUAUAUUAUCUUGCGAUGAAGAAGAAGUCUCUUGUCUGGGGUCUUUUCAGGUCCAUUGACGACAAACGCAUGACGGAGUUCUUUGCCAGUGACUUUACUCAGGAACGGUGGCGUCUUGCUGCCCUCAAGAACGCCUACGCACUUAUGGGCAAGCAGAGGUUCGAACAUGCAGCUGCGUUCUUCUUGCUCGCAGGAGCCUUGAAGGACGCAAUUGAAGUGGUAGUGGCGCAGCUGCAAGACGAGCAGCUUGCUAUGGUCAUCAUCAGGCUGUAUGAGGGAGAACUUGAAGCCAUGCCGCCUGCUCUUGAAAAGAUGCUCUACACCCGCGUGCUGGGAUGCGAUGAAGAUGGCACUAAUGAACAAGUGACUCAUCUCCACCCUGAUCCCUUCUUGCGCUCCAUGGCUUACUGGCUUAUGAGGAACUACACGGCAUCUCUACAAACGCUCCUCAACACUGACCCAACCUUGGCAAUCUGUCAUGACAGCUAUGACGAGAGUAAAGCCAAGGCUUCUACCAGGCUCAGCAGUAACAUCUCCACUGCUGAUCCCACUGUUUUCAACUUCUAUAUAUACUUGCGCACGCACCCUCUUCUCAUUCGUCAAUGUAUUGCCAACACCGCCAAAGACACGGGAGGGGGUAUGAUGGCGAGCUGUCUGACCGUUGGUGCCGACCACCUCGACAAGAAGAGUUCUUACGAGAGCAGCAUAACACUGCAAGAGCGCUGUCUCUACUUCACUACUGCGUACGCGCACCUGCAAGCUGGCUGCCCCGUCGUGGCUCUUGAGGUUCUGUCCAAGUUGCCGGCCACGGUGCAGCAGAGUGCCCCAGAUGGCGGCGACACCACAAGCCUCCAUGUGUCUGAGACGGCUUCCCAAAAUCGGCCUUCGCUGGGCAUGAUCAACACAGGUACCCUCGAUGGAGGGCUCGAGACCGCUGGUGCGUUCGAUUGGAGCAGCGGCGGUGGAGGCUUUAAAGACACAAGCGAUGAACUGCAACUCGACUUCUCCUUGGAUGUUGACGAUGACGAGGUGGAAAACGAGCCUUCUGCACCAAAACAGGAGAUGGACCCAGGGUUUAAAGUCAACGAAACGAGAGAAAGCACGUCAGUUAGUUCGAUCCCACCUCGUAAGACUUUUGAUGUGAUGGCUCAGCAACUCAAGUUCAUCGCGUGCCUGAAGAUCAUGAUGAGCGAGCUGGGAACUUUAGGGAGUUCUUUCUUCAGUUCUACGAGUUCCAACGAUGGCAUCACCGGUGAUUUCGGAGGUCAGCUUCGUCACGACCUUCACCUGUGGCUAGAACACGAGGUCGCUGCGCUCAAGGAGCUCAGCGGUUACUCUCCUGUUCUGCCUGAAAGUGACAUCCUCGUGAGCAGCUUUACGGCUCCCUCUGAUCCCAAUGCGACAUUAGGACUUUCAGGAGAAGAUCAGGCAUCGACCAGCCUCCAUGAUAUCCUGCAACGAGAAAAAUUGCAAUUUGAAAAUAAGCUCGCACGAGCUGCUCGUAGGAAACGGUGGCUCGCUGCUAAUCAACAGUUACUGCACACUCUGCUCGCAUACUGCUCGCUACAUGGCUGCAGUGGUGGUGGCCUCACGAUGGUUCGGCUAGAGCUGCUGUUGCUGCUGCAGGAGUUACAACAAGACUCGGCUGGACGAAAUAUGCUGUUGUCACCACUGCCAUGCCCUACAACUCUCCCUCUACUCUCAGCUGUUGUUGCUAGCAAUAAAACCGUCGUUGCAGAUCCUGUGAAGCAACUUCAGAACCUUGGAGAAGACCUGCUCGCAAAUGUAGCGAGCGUUCGCGCGAUAGGCAAGCACGUAGGCAUGCCUCAGAUGUUGGGAAAAGUCGCCGUUUGGAGGGAUCUUGCAAUUGCUUUGUCAUCGUCGCUUCAUCAAGCGCUCUCUGAUUCUGAGCCCAGUCGUAGUUGGAUUGCUCGGCCAGGCGAGAGCGGCAGUGCUGACGAACCUUUGGAGGUCACUACUCAGCCUGGAAAAUGGCCUGGUGUCACUUCCCUCCUAUGUUUGAUGACUAGGGAGAAAGACGAAGAAACUCCCAAGCUGAGUCUACUUUUGUGCGAGGCUCUCGUCGGAGUGUAUAUUUGCCUGUUGGCUUAUGGUCUGGUGACGUGCGAUGCUGCGAUUCUGUACAGACUUGUCUCUCGGAAAUUCUCCAACAGGGAAUGGGCUCAAAUUUUUGGCGGUGGAGCUAAACGUCCCGUCAAGAUGAGUGCCGCCAUACCGCCAAGUGUGUUGGCAGGCGGUGGUGUUGAGGCGGUGAGUCCUUCUUCUUCUCCUGCCGGUAGUGACCAGUUCCUUACGUCGACGCUCUCAAGCCUGCAAAAGACUCGACUUAAGUUCAAUAUGAAGCUACUGGGACAACUUGGUUUCCAGGAAGUUCGCUCACAAACUCAAGAUGGAGAAUCGAAACCCGCUUUUAGGGAACAGUUCGUCAGUCCCAGCACUUCAAUUGUGUCCUUCCUGAUGACCAAACCGGUGCUUCCUUCUGAAGACGAGAACAUCGACUAUGAUUCAGCGGGCAGUGAUGAAGAGGAACUUUAUGAGGAAGAAGAGGAAGAAGACGAUGUAUUCAAGGAACCCAAGAUAUUAGCUGAGAACAAAGAGCAUAGCGACCAUCGGUCGUAUUCUUGGUGUCUUCUGCGUCUCGCCUGCGUGAAGCGAGCUGAAGCCAUUAUCAAGAAUUUCUUCUCUGUUCCACAAAUUGAUUUUCCGGAGCUGGCAGUGCAGUCUCCUCUUCUGCACGGUGUGCUGUACACGCUGCACUCCUGGACCAAGGAUCUGACCGCUGAGCUGGAGGAGCUACAAGGACCUCCUCCUGAGUACAUCCCGGGCUGUUUUGCCCAGAGCGUCCAGCCUGGUGCCCCCGCCAUCAGUAAAUAUCGCGGCCUCAGGGAGACCCAUAACACGCCCUUCGCGCGUGGCCAGAAGGGCGUGUCGGUGGUGGUGCGUCUGUGGCAGUUCCUGGUGAGGCAGGAUGACGUCAUCGAGGUCUUCGUGCGCUACAUCUUCGCCAGGAAGCGGCCGGUCCCUGAACCCGUGCCCCAGCACUCCUAUGCCGCCUCAGAGGAAGCGCUGAGUGACUCCGGCGAUGGAGCCGGUGGCGGCACAGAUGAGGGAUCAGAGGCUGGUGGCGGCGGCGGCGGCAGCGGUGGUGGAGGAGGAGCUGCAGGUGUAGGAGAUCAUUCCGAGGUGGAAGUGCCCACUCCUGCAAGUCUGCCAGCAUUAGACCCUGUACGCAUCAUCCACAAAGAACAAGACAACAUCGCUGCGUUCUGCAUCAAUCGGGUCAACAGCGGGCUGAUGAGUAUUGCGACAGUGAAGGAGGUGCAGGAGCUGGACAUCUCGCUGCUGCUGCAACAUCCUAACUGGCUCUGCAACACUACCGAGCUCGACCUCCUCGCUCCUACUAAGGAGGGCGAGACUGUGAACGCCUCCAACUACCUGGUGGUGCAAUGCCCUGCUGAUAAAGACAUCCUUGACGGCACCAAAGAUGGUGGAGCUACAGCAAUGGUCGGGUCGUCUUCCAGCCUCAACGCUCAGACCGGCCGUGGCGCCUCCGUCUUUCGGGAAUUAAAAGGAGUCCAUUUCACUGGCUCGAACAAUCCUCGGUUCUGUCAGCUCGUCAUAGAGCGCAGCCGACACCACCUCAGGCCGAUCCGCAGCCACAAGACGGAAGGCGCGCGCCGCAUGACCGCGCAUCCCGUUCUGCCAGUCUAUCUGGUGGGUUGUCAGGACGGGUCGGUGACAGUGCGGGAGUGGCAGCACACAGGAGUGGUGGCCCGGCCCCGCCCUGGGGGCACCUUCGCUAAGGUCACCAGGCUGCACUUCAACCAACAGGGAAACAAGUUUGGUGUGAUGGACUCGGAUGGCAACCUCUCCUUGUAUCACCUGGGUCUGGGAACUCAAGUGACCAAGCCCUUCUACAGUCACCAGUGCCACAACAAGCACGGCAGCGACUUUGCGUUUGUGGGCUCCUCGAGUUUGCUGGCGACGAGCGGCCAGUCGUCCGACCACCGCAACGUCGCGCUCUGGGACACUCUCAUGCCGCCGCGCAAGGCCAAUGUCGUUUCGUGGCUGUGUCACGAGAGCGGCACGGCAGCGAUGCUCUACGCUCCCCAGAACCAGAUCUUGCUCAGUGCCGGCAAGAAGGGCACGGUGUGUAUCUUCGAUGUUCGACAGAGGACGCUCAGGCACAGGUUCCAGGCCCACGAGAGCGCCAUCAAGUGCUUGGCUCUUGACCCCAGCGAAGAGUUCUUCGUGUCGGGUGCUGCAGAUGGCGACAUCAAGGUGUGGGGCCUCACUGUGCACAACUUGAUCUAUAACCUGCCUGGCGAACACUCACGCACGUCCCUCUUCAAGAACCUGAGUCAAGGCGUGACUCAGCUGCACCUUGACGCUCACAACAGGCUCUUCUCUUGCGGUGGCGACGGCUCUAUUAAACUCCGGACAUUUCCUGAGCGAGACCUUAAUCUGAACCUGCUUUAAUUCUCGUUGUAACUCUGAACAAAACAUAGUUUGAUCAUUUUAGGCAUGAUGGUUAGUUUGAGUAGACAUGGAUGUUGUUAUAACAAUUGCAUUGAUAUUGUUUACGAGGCUUCUACCACUGGACUUUAAACUGCUGAUUCCUCCCGAAAAUUGUGAUUCGCGCAGGUCACGUGGUGUCCCUGCAAAUAAUAUUCACAUUCUUGUCACUCGACAUUGCGUUGCUGUUAAGGCCCUUUUCCACUACGGGACUGAUUCUGAAGGAUUAAGACUAGCCUGAGACCAAUAAGCCUCAGGGCUGGGCCUCAAAACUGGCGUGCGCAUAUGCUGGGAUCGAGACUUAAUUCCAUCUGGGCUACCGCUCUACCGCGCGCGACAUUUCAUUGCGUAUAUUGGAGCGACAGCAACGCACAACCUGCUGGGACGGAAGUCACAGCGACACUCUCGCAAAGAGCGGCUCACUCUGUAGUCAAAGAUUGUACAGCGCUUCAUUCGCCGAUGAGCCCGUCUCGAUGGGCCGGACUGCCUCAGUCUAGCCUGGAAAAGACAGUUUUUCAGGUGUCAGUCUAGCAGAGUCUCAUAGUGGAAAAGGGCCUUUAGAUUUGGUCAGCGCAGGAUUGGUCCAUUUCUGAGCCGACGGACGACAAUUGAGUGUGUUUCAAUUGUUCAUCGGUUCAUUCUUUGAUCUGUGCUUUUUUCUUCGCAUGAACCAUCAAUAGUCAAGUAUGUAUGUAUUUAUUUGUUUUGUUGUCAGAUGGUUUAUCGUUGUUUAUUCAUAAUGAAAUGUUGUUUUUAGUUAUUUUCUGCGUGUCUAUAUUUUCUUUUGAAAAAUAUAGAUAAAGUUUUCCUUGCUUGCGCGGCACAUAUUUGCGGCAAAGCUCUUCCUCGUUCACGGUUCUACCGGAGUGGCUUGCUUCUCUUGUUGCUGAAGCAUAAUGAGAUAGAGAUAAAUCUCGUAUAAUUUUAUUCAACUCUUGAAUUUAUAUUGCUAGAUAUCUAGUCAUUAAUGUUGGAUAAUUAUCACUUAUAUUAAUGCUCACCGACUUUAACUUAACUCGUUGAAAAAAUAACAGAUAUCUAAUCAAAACGUGCGCUCAGACUACGGCAGAAUGGAAGUCUUGAAGUACGGUAUUGUUCUUGAUGUGAACUGCCACUCUAAGUUGCUAUUUUACUUGCUUGUCUUCUACGAGGUUUUAUUGCAGCCUGUCCAGCGAUUUGAUGAAAUUGAUAUAGUCAUCUCGGUUAUUCUGUAACCAGUAGAGCGCGAUAUAAAUUUUUAUUUAUUGAAGAAAGUGUAAAUGAUUUCUUGCUCCUGUGAAAAUUGCAACUUUACGAGUUCCAUGUGCCCUCAACUUUCUCUAGUUAGUUUUUCAUAGUUUAAAAUUAAAUGAACUUAUGGUCAGUAGAUAGUUGGUGUGAAAGUGUUAUGUCAUUCACAGCCGUUGUUUACGUACUGUUUCCGUGGUAGUGAGGCGUUAUCGAGAUUCUUGAAAGCUGUUCGAAUGAUAUUUUUGACCGUCUACAUUCCAUUUUCUGAUUCUCGUACACAUAUACAAUCUCCACAGUUUGUUGAUUAGUAAUCCUGUAAGAAUAAAACGUGAGAAUUAAGUUAUCAUGUCAAUUUCUUUUUCAUCCAAGCUUAUCACGUGCUAAUGGUUGAAUGCAUCGUAUCUUUAUUCAUUUAUCAACCGGCUCACAUCGCACCGUGUUUCCUUCUUCCAAAACAACAUCUCUGCACAAGCUUACCAGUUUCACUAAUAAAAGUAUUAUUGCAGAUAUGAAUAAUCCGGUGCCAGUUGCUAUCGUUUUAUUCUGUGACGUGUGGACUGAAUGAGCUGAGUUUCUGGUCAUGCAGUUGUCUGAAGAUUAAUUAUUUCUUCAUAGAUGUCUGUAGUUGUGUAGAGUUGAUAGCCAUCUCUGAUGAGCAUUUAGUGAGUGUUGUUAAACUGUUCUUGUUUGCUUUACUCGUAAUCCCUUUAAAAUAUUAAUUCAUCCCACAAAUAAUUCAGGAAAUAUACGUUACAAACCAA